AACGUUGUAUUGAUGUAGGAAUUCAGGUUUAAAUGUUUUAAAUGGAAAAUGGAAUAUCAAACAAUGGGACCGCUUUUGUAAGAUAAGUUACCUCACUAUUUAUAUGCUUUUAUCAGACUGAGUGCAGAUACGUACGAAAGUAUGUACGUCGUAAAUAUAAGUGCUUUGAAAACGAAACAGCACGUCUAGUUAUAUUAUUGACAUAUUGGUUCACCGAAACUGUUAUCGUUUGCAGCAAGAUACUUGUACGAUGUUUAAAAAUCAAUACUGAACGUUGAAUACAGUUUGAGAGUGAUGUUGCGUUGUAAAUAAGCUGGCAUUCCUGCAAACGCGCUCAUGUAGGAAAGCUGUACUGUAUGCGAGAGUCGAAAUAAAUGACUGUAAACUGAUAAAUUCAAACACACAUAAACCCAGGUACAUCAUCAUCCUUCCGUUCUAUCGGAUCACCUGUGAAGAAGGAUUUCAGAACGCUCAACAUUUUACGCAGAAUAUUAGAGGAGUAGCAUCCGACAAAAAUAACGAGAAUACUUACGUUGUGUUCGUUUCUUGGAAUGUUUCAUAAUUGAUAAUUGUUGUGUCAUUGGAACAAAAAACAACGAGCAUUUCAAGAUGUGUAUUAAUUCCCGACGUACACUGUUGGUAGUCGAAUAAACGUUUAGAAGUUUACUAAGGAAGGGUAUUAAAAGUGUGUCUGAACUGACUGUAAGUCAUAUUUUUUAAAAAUGGAUUCGGAAGAAGAAAGGGAUAACAUAAUUCAUCAAACCAAAAAUAAAAAAUCAGUGCAAAUUGUGGAUGAUAGACCGGAAAUAGUUGAAGUGCAUGAAAAACAUGGACCGCUUUAUAAAGCGAUUCCAAAAAUGCCGGUGCCACUUGCAAUUCUCUGCUGCAUUCUUAACAUAGGACUUCCGGGGGUCGGAACAUUGGUAUCGGCAUUCACAGUGUUAUGCGGUGCACCGACAAUGUUAAACAAACCCGGGCCAGCGUUCUUGUUCAAUCUGCUGUCAGCAUUCCUCCAACUUGUCACUUUCUUUGUCAUCGUCGGCUGGGUGUGGUCAAUUCUCUGGGGAAUGAACAUGGUCACAUUAGCCAUGAACUGGGGGGAAGAGAAGAGAACACCUUAUUACUGUCGUCGACAGAGCAGCGUCGAUGUGCCGUGAUCACGUAUUAUAUAAACACAAACUAACGUUCUUUGAAUUUCCUAAAUCUCCAUAUCUUAUUUCCUGUCUGAUAUGGCGUUUUUCUUCUGUUGUUGCUCUGAGCUGGUUCUUCAACAAAUGCAAAUGAACAGAUUCAGACGCAGUGAUACAAAUAUAAGUGCGUUGUUAACGAUGUAUAGUCUGAUCAUUAUGCGUGUAGCUUUAUAUUUGCCAGACAACUGUAAUUCAACAAUUAUGGAAUGUUUGGUAGUGGAGGCAAAUAGUAAGACAUAAUGACGGACUUUAAUUUAAGACUCAAAGUGGUGUUGAUACAACACAGCCCAUAGGAUUGAUAUACUAUAUAUGUUUAGAAUAUAUUUCUUAAAGCAAUUUUAAGAUGACGUGUCUAAAAAUAUUUAGCGAGUAAUAUAUUUUAGUUCUCAAUAGCUUAACUCUAGCGUGAACGUUUUUAUUUAUCAAAUAUUUUUACGAUGCAGACCUCUUACAGUGUGAAUUAACAUUUAUCUUUAAAAUACGUAUUUAAUA